AUGCUUUACAAUGGUAAUCCAAGAAUGGCCAAUUUUUUUUGUAAAGUGUAAAAAAACUUUGCAUUACGUCUUCGUCUUACUCCGAGACGCCUUCUGACAGGAGUGACACGCAUCCGCCCGUGAUGCAUUCCUGAACAGAACCAAGGUCAUCACUAAAAACAAUGUUUACCUAAAGUCGAAAUCACGAAAGGUGACGAUUAAGUCAUCAUUUUAGUCUCUAGUAAAGACCAACGACAGCGAUUUGUGAAUACUUUUAAUGAAGUUUCAGAUAUGUUAGACAGAGACACACAUAAUUUUAUUGUCUAAAUAAACUGUACCGUAAAGAGCGGCUACUUUGUAACACUACUCACUACUGCCUAGUGCCUACUUUGUGACAAAAAUAUAUUAAAAUAUUUUUCCACCAAGAUACAAUGCCACGAGUGUAUAGAAGAAAAAUUGGUAGUCGCAAUUACAAAAAUUAUACACAAGAAAAAUUAGCAGAAGCCUUCACGAGAUAAGGAGUAAACGGAUUUCACUACGCGGUGCUGCAGAAAAAUAUAAUAUCCAUUGAAAUGUUUUAUGGCUGAAAAUAAAAGAGAGACAUAAGAACAAACCUGGACAACAAAAAGUGUUUGCUGAGGAGGAAGAAAAUAUAUUUGCAG